CAACAUUUAAUUUCGCAGAACAAUCCUUGUAGACGGAAAUUAUGAUCCCUUCACCACUAAGCUUACAAGAAGCACUUGAUUUAAAUGUUAGUCAUUUUCCAUUUUUUCCAUGUCAAUGCUAGUGCUUUUAUCCAACUUUUUACAUAUUCAGGAUUCAGAUAAUAUAUAAUACAGUAGUAUAAAAUCAAAUAAAGUCCCAACGACAAAACGACUUUACUAUUCAAUAUUUUACGUUUCCCUCCUUCAAAAACAAAAACAAAAACAAAAACAAAAACAAAAUACCCUCUUUGAUUUCUCUCACUCUAAUGGCGUAACACUUGUCUUUUUCUGAUCUUCAAAACCUCCAAAAAUGGCGGGGUUUCCCCAAUCUUUAAGACCCAAUUCAUCUUUUUCUUCCAUAAUUUCUAUCUCCUCUCAACAACACUUCCUCUACAAACUCAUCUUUUUCCUUACUUUCCUCCCCAUCUUUCUUGCUCUGUUCGCCUUCUUCCUUCAAUGGCGAGGCAGCGGAGGUGGCGUUAUCGACCCGAUAACUCGGUGGUCUUUCGAUCGACAUGGCGAAUUUCCUGGAAUGAUUGAUUCCCCUGUUAUUAAAUCAUCAGCUUCUGUUAAUGCUAAAAAUAAUUGCUCCAAUAAUGUGUUGCGUCAGACUACUACUUCCCCUGUUUUUCCAUACUUCAGAGGUUGGACAUUUAAUCAUAAUGACUCUACUCGUAGUCCCAAGGUAUGUAUUACGUCAACCACUUCAGCUGGCCUAGAACAAAUUCUACCAUGGAUCUUUUAUCAUAAGGUUAUUGGCUUUACAAACUUUUUCCUCUUUGUGGAAGGGAAGGCCGCGAGCCACAAUGUCUCCAGAGUCCUUGAGUCGAUUCCUGGGGUACAUGUGAUUUACAGAACAAAAGAAUUAGAGGAACAACAAGCUAAGAGCCGAAUAUGGAGUGAGACAUGGCUUUCAAGCUUCUUCUACAAACCGUGCAACAAUGAGCUAUUUGUGAAACAAACCCUUAACAUGGAAAUGGCUAUUGUCAUGGCAAGAGAUGCUGGCAUGGAGUGGAUCUUCCAUCUUGACACAGAUGAGCUCCUGCAUCCUGCCGGAACUAGAGAGUAUACUGUGAGUGAGUUACUUACGGAAGUUCCAACAGAUGUUGACAUGGUUGUUUUUCCUAAUUAUGAAAGUGCUGUUGAACGACAUGACAUCAAUGAACCUUUCAGUGAGGUUUCACUAUUCAAGAAGAACUAUGACCAUCUUCCUAAGGAAACUUACUUUGAACUCUACAAGGAUGCAACUCGAGGAAACCCAAACUAUUUUCUAACUUACGGAAAUGGAAAAGCAGCUGCAAGAAUUCAAGAUCACCUUCGCCCUAAUGGUGCCCAUCGAUGGCAUAACUACAAUCAAACACCAAAAGAACUGAAAAUGGAAGAGGCUGCAGUUUUGCACUACACAUACUCUAAGUUCUCUGACUUGACAUCAAGACGUGAUAGGUGUGGAUGCAAACCUACAAAGGAGGAUGUGAAAAAAUGCUUCAUGUUGGAAUUUGAUAGAUCUGCAUUCAUUAUUGCUUCAACGGCUACUGAAGAAGAAAUGCUCCUAUGGUAUCAGGAACAUGUAGUGUGGAGUGAUGCAACUGCGAAACUCAAACUGUUGAAGUUUGGCCUUUUUCUACGCAUAUAUGCUCCCAUGGAUAUAAUUCAGGGAUUAAGAGAAUCUGGGGUCUUUGCAUCUGUAAUUGCAUCAGCACAGGCCGGUCCAUCCAUAAGAAACAAUGACUCUGAGGACAAUUUUGAUGUAGGAAAAAUGUUUACAAGAAAGCAUAGCCUGAAAUUUCCAAAAACCAAGCGAAGGAUCCUGGAAGAAACUGGAGGACGUGAUAACUUUCAAGCAAUCCCACCCUUGUCACCCCCAAUCCUGAUGCAAGAUGCAAUCACAUCAGCACCAGACCGUUCAAUCCAACAGAAACAAUUACUUUGCAGACAACAAUGAUGUAGAAAAAAUGUUAAGAAAAAGAAAAAUAGUCUCAGAAUCAUAGUACAAAUUUUGACAGGUUCACAUUCUUUUGACCUCAUUGACUUGAGUCAUAGUGAGGAAACCAGAUGUACAUUUCAGGUUAGAUGAUACAUUACUGUGCAGUACUAGUAUUUUAGACAAGUUGGAAAUGAAAAAUACAAAAGUUGAUAACAAUAGAGUUUGUUCAUAGCAGUAACCAUAGAAAAAGAUUAUAACCCUGUACAACUAACUCAUUUUUCAGAACAGGAGAUAUUAUGAUAGAGUAUUCUUACUA